CGCGCCAGCGAGGGAGGUCCACUUUGAUGACGUCACCUCUCCCAUGGCGUCAGAUUGACGUAGUGCAUGCCAAGCGCUCUAUGUGGAGGCAGAGCCCACAUAAAUGCACUAUUUGACUUUCUCCCGUCAGACGGCGCGCAUAAACAAACCGGCGUUACAACUCCACACUUUGCAAAGCACCCAUCAGCACUGAUACACUCUUAGCUCACGGGAACGGACGCAGACUUACUCCUUACACUCGGGAGUUUCACCUUUUUUAUAGUCUUGAUUUGAUUUGUCUACUUUUGAGCUUUAGACAAACUAAGAGGAAGAUCGCGAAACUUUCACUCUUUUUGCCUCCGAUGCAUUUAUGCCUCUUUGACAGGUCUGACAUCAUUUUUUAAACCUUUUUUCUCACCACUUCAACUCUUUGUGAUUAUUCUGGAUGGAAAAGGGAUACUUCAUGCGAGGUUAUUACCAAAUGUAAAGACGGAACCGCUACAGCAAACCAGCACAGGUUCGGAAGAGCGCGCCCAGCCGAGCUCGGAGCCCCGGCGAUCGGAUCCUUCCUCAGCGACGCCCGCCGAGUCCUCCACGCUCCAGGAGCCCUGCCCCGGCCGCAGCCACGCCACCCCAAAACCCCGGACACCCAGCAUCAUUCAGCGCGAAGCUCUUUCACCAGACAUGCCCUGUGUGCAGGCUCAGUACGGGCCCGCCCCGCCAGGCUCAGCUUACUCCGGCCAGUCCUUCGGUUACCAGGGUGACAGCUACAGCUCUGACCUCAUGACCCCUGACUACACCAAGCUGGACCUGGGCGGUGGCGAGAUCUCCGCCGCUGCCACCACCUCCCUCCCCAGCUUCAAUGUGUUUGUAGAGGGGAGCUAUGAGCCUAAAUCCUCCUGCCUCUAUCAGAUGCCCCCGCACAGGCCCACCAUCAAAAAGGAGGAGGAGAGCUAUCCGACUGCCCCGCCACUGGAGGCCAUGUCCUCCUCCAGCAUGUACUUUAAACAGUCCCCUCCCUCCACUCCCACCACUCCAUCUCUGCCCCCGCAGCCCAGCACCUCUUUCCUGUGGGACGAGCCGCACUCCCUGGCCCCUCCGUCUCACCCACACUCCAUGGGAUCUGCCCUAGACACGGGCCCCCUCAAGUCCCCUCGCUUUCCUCACUUCUACCAGCACUCGCCCCCCCACAGCGGCGGCAGCGUCAGCGGCUACGAGAGCCUGGGGGGAGGACUGGUCCGUACUUCAUCUUCUUCCUCCUCCUCCUCCUCAUCAGUAUCCCAUCCCCAUUGUCCACCCCUGGAGCAGCCCAUGUACCAGCUGCACCGCGGGGCCGGGGGAAGCAGCCUGGCCUUCCGCUCCCUGGCUCUCGGGCCUUGUGGGCCUCUACUAGGAGACAGCCUGCCCUCGCCUCCCCCUCGUGGCCCCCAAGGAGAAGGAACCUGCGCAGUGUGUGGGGACAACGCGGCCUGCCAGCACUACGGCGUGCGCACCUGUGAGGGCUGCAAGGGCUUCUUCAAGCGCACCGUGCAGAAAAACGCCAAGUAUGUGUGUCUGGCCAGUAAGAACUGUCCUGUGGACAAGAGGAGACGCAACCGCUGUCAGUACUGCCGCUUUCAGAAGUGCCUGAGUGUCGGCAUGGUGAAGGAAGUGGUGCGUACUGACAGCUUGAAGGGCCGCCGAGGCCGCCUGCCCUCCAAACCAAAGAGCCCCCUGCAGACAGAGGCAUCCCCUCCCUCUCCACCUCUCAGCCUGCUCUCUGCUCUGCUCAGGGCUUACUCCCACUCCACGCCUCGAGACCUUGACUACAGCCAGUUCAGCGCUGCCGACCCUCCGUCCUCCUCCUCAGACGCAGAGCACAUCCAGCUGUUCUACAGGCUGCUCACCAUCUCGAUGGAGACCACACGAUGCUGGGCCGACCGCCUGCCUGGCUUCUCUGAACUUCAACGUGACGAUCAGAACCUUCUCAUCGACUCUGCCUUCCUGGAGCUGUUUGUCCUGCGGCUUGCUCACAGGUCCAUGCUAUCAGAGGAUAAGCUGGUGUUCUGCAACGGCUUGGUGCUGCACAGGUUCCAGUGCCUUCGUGGGUUUGGGGAGUGGCUCGACUCCAUCCGGGACUUCUCCACUCACCUCCAGAGCCUAAACCUGGAUGCCUCUGCCUUCGCCUGCCUGGCAGCCCUAGUACUGCUCACAGAGCAAGUCCCAGGUCUGAAGGACUCAAAGCGGGUUGAGGAGCUUCAGAAUAAAGUCAUUUGUUGUCUCAGAGACCACCUUGGCUGCAGCGCUUCCUCGUCCUCGUCCAAGGCUGCACCGCCUCUGAGUCGCAUUCUGGGCUUAAGAGCAGAGCUUCGCUCUCAGAGAACACAGGGUCUUCAACGAAUCUUCUACCUGAAGCUGGAGGACCUGGUACCGCCCCCUCAAUUGAUCGACAGAUUCCUGGACACUCUGCCAUACUGACGGGUUGAGCUGACAUCACAAAGAAAAACCCGUGUCAUGUUGUGAUCAGGCCUCCCCCUCUCCAAGGAGCAUGCACACACAGCCAGAAGAGAGAUGGACUCCCCUCUGACUUAUGCAGAGUAAAGAGAGCCAAUCGAAAACUUCUCUCUCAAUGGGGCAACCACACAACAACGGCUUUGCUCCAACAGAGAACCAACAAAAUGCUUUCCAUCUGUAAAAAUGACUCUCUACCACUUUUUAUUUGAUCCUCCUGAUUUUCUCACACAGGGGAGGCUGAUGGGGUUGAGAUGGACAAGAAAAAAGACUUUGUACUGUCCUUUCUCCAUCUGGGUGGCAGCUCACUCUGCAGAAAAAGAUUUUAAAAAAUCUGUACUGUUAAUCGAUGUUUUGGCCUGGGUCAUUCUGUCCAAGGACUUCUUUUUGGCAGAGGUGAGGUGUCAGCAUGACAGAAUGUUUUUGAUCUUUUGAUAUCCCAGAGAAACACAAGUUACCUCACGCUAAAUGAGGAAUGGGAGGGACUUCAUACUGAGAUCUAUAGAAAGGUCAAAGGUCAGACAGUUAAAGGAUAGAGAGGAAAAAGAAUGCUAAACACAGAUAUUUCAUGAACACAUGGAGGUAGCUGUUUAGGUGGGCUCUUAAUUACAAGUGCAAUUUCUUAAGUGCUGUCUUGCCACAAAAAGAAAGAGACAGAAGACGAAUGGCCUAAUUUCAAACUCUAAAUUAUUUAAUUACAAUGACUUUUCCUGUGCUGUCAGUAGCUAAAACGAGAGCUGCAGUCUCCAUCCAGCUUUAGACAGCAGAGGAGAUACUGUGCACUAACAAUCGAUGACUGAGUCACCCAGACUUGAACUUAUUCUGCUAUGUUUGUUUUUUAUUUACUCACUCUGAAAUCAUACCGUAGUUUGAGUAAGACUGUGGAGAGACGAACAUGGACAGAAAUUGGCUUUUUGAAGCACUUACACCCCAGGAAGGGCUAGAAGCACAGACACACACCCUACCUGCUUACCUGAAGGAUGGCGAGGUGUCAGGAAGAGGAGGGUGCUCGACAGAUAGCUGCACGUCCAGUGGGUGAAACAUUCCACAUUCUUGCUCUAUUUUUUUCUUUACAUUUCUAUUGUGGAGGCAGCAUGAGAGUGCAGAGGACAUACUGUCUUUCUUUGUACGUUUAGGGAAGUCAGGAUCAUAUACAUGGUGUGCUAUAAGCUGUCAAGAGCUGCCAUAGCAUUUCAAAACAGCUCGACCUGUGGUUGUGUCGCAGACUGCAGCUCUAUGGGGAUCUCCCUGAGCCUCCACCACCCACUCACACCCUCACGGCAGCAGUUUUAAUGAAAAAAGCAAAUUC